AUGUCCAAAGAAUCCAAAACUACUCCUCUGUGGCUUCAAAGCCGCGAGGCCGUCAUCGCUGUUACACCAGAAAGCGCAUGGCGCCAUGGAAAACCCAAUUACGGUAUCACCAACAAAAGACUAGCAGAGCAGCGCAUAAAGCACUUUGAGCCCGGUUCCCUGGAGGAGACGGUGGCCAAUUUGGUGCGUGUUUUCGAAAUGGAGGCCACUCACAAAGCCAAUCCAGCCGAUUGGAUCUCGGUGGACCCUGAGGUUUUCCGUAUGACUGUGAACGGGAGCCAAGAGUACACCGUGCAGGACGUGGUCACCAAAGGCGGCUACAACGUAUUUAUCGGCGACUUGCCAAACUACAAGGCUUCUGAGAGCAACUACCAGAAAUCUGAAGACGAUUUUCGCAGGGCCAUGCGUUCUGGGUUUAUGUGGGAGCUACUCACGCUAGAGGCGGAGUUGCCCACGGCCAAGCUGACUUGGAGACACUGGGGCAGCCAAAACGGUGUUUUCAACGGACACAAGGGCGACGGCACGCUUUUGGACGUUCCUGGCUCCUCCGUGGCCACACUGAACUCCGAGUUGAAAUUGAUCAGACUGGAACACACUUUUGACGCCCAGGGUCUGAUCAACUCGCUUUCCGGAGUGUGCCCUUUUAACGCUAGGCAAUAG